GAGGCGGUGACGGCGAACGGUCCGUCGAUCUGAAUCACGGCAACAUCCGUCCACAAAUUCGCUGGAGUCACUAGUCAGUAAUACUCAGUAUCUGUAUUGGACCGACUGCGUACGCGCACGACGGAUGAGAGCUAUAUUAUCAGUGCGUGAAAAGAAUUUGUGUCUUUCUGUGUAUUAGUUGUGUGUGAUCUCCUACGGAUCGUGUUCAUUUUGGUAGUGAAGUGGAACCCGCAGCUGCAGUCCAAAGCCCGGCUGCAGAUCUCGAGGCUCUGAUAGAGCGGUUGGAGCUGGUGACGUUGCGUUUGGAGCGCCUGCCCGUACUGCGCGCGCGCACCCCGACCCCGCCCCGCUCCCCCGCGCCCUCGCCCGACGGCGUAGCCACCCCGCCGCCGCCUCCGCCUCCGCUACCGCCUGUGCAACCGACUGUAGAGAUAAUUGAUACUGACAAUAUGAGUAUCAACGGAUAUCAGGAUUUGAUGCAGGGUCCCCUGCAGAGUUAUUUGCAGUUAUCGAACCAACUUGGCGGGGACAUCGCUUCACAUGCCAAUCUGGUCAACGAUGCUUUUCAGGAGCAACUCCGUUACAUACAGUUGGCAGCGUCUCGCUCCAAACCAUCCGACGGCGAACAAGUUCAACUCCUCAAAUCAACGAGCGACAAGAUAUCAGCGAUCCAACAGUACCGCGAAAAGAAUCGCGCCUCUAACUUCUUCAACCAUCUGUCCGCUAUAUCGGAGAGCAUUCCCGCUCUCGGCUGGGUGGCCGUGGCCCCAACCCCCGCGCCGUACGUCAAAGAGAUGAACGACGCCGGCCAGUUCUACACGAACCGUGUGCUCAAAGAGUGGAAAGAGAAAGACAAGACCCAUGUAGAAUGGUGCCGCGCUUGGGUGCAGCUGUUGUCUGAUCUGCAGGCCUAUGUGAAACAGUACCACACUACUGGGCUCGUUUGGUCUGGCAAGGGCGCGGGCGCUCCCCCGCCACCCCCGCCCGGCGGCAUGCCCCCGCCGCCGCCCGCGCUGCCCGAGGUGGACUUCGCCAACAUGACGGCUGACGACAGGAGCGCUCUGUUCGCGGAGAUCAACAAGGGUGAAGCCAUUACUAGCAGUCUGCGCAAGGUGACAUCGGACAUGCAGACGCACAAGAACCCGCAGCUGCGCCAGGGCCCCGCUCCGUUCAAGGCGGCGAGCUCCACCGCGCCCGCUAAAGCUCUGCCCACGCCCGGCGCUGGGCAGCUUGACAAGCCUCCCGUCUUCGCUAGAGACGGCAAGAAGUGGGUCAUUGAAUACCAGAAGGGCAACUCGAACCUGGUGGUAGAGAACGCCGAGAUGAACAACGUGGUGUACAUGUUCCGGUGCCGCGACUCCGCGCUCACGGUGCGCGGCAAGAUCAACGGCGUGGUGCUGGACUCGUGCACCAAGUGCGCCGUCGUGUUCGACAACCUCGUCUCCAGCGUCGAGUUCGUCAACUGCCAGUCGGUGCAGAUGCAGGUGCUAGGCAAGGUGCCGACGGUGUCCAUCGACAAGACUGACGGCUGUCAGAUCUACCUGUCGCAGGAGUCGCUCGACGUGGAGAUCGUCUCCUCCAAGUCCUCGGAGAUGAACGUGCUCGUGCCAAAGGCCAAUGGCGAUUACGCGGAAUUCCCAAUACCGGAGCAGUUCAAGACGGUGCUGAACAAGCCGCCGACCGGCCUCACCACGUCGCCGGUCGAGAGCACGGGCUAGAUCUCAACGACCCUUCAUCCAUCGCUCGGGAACACGCUAUACUUUAUUUUUAAACAUUUAUAUUAUAAAUCAUAAAGGUUUUCACUAACUUACCCGUAUCCGUAAAACCGUAGCAAAUAAAAAAAAAAGUUGCUACCGAUUUGUGUUAUUUUUGUAUGAGAAUUGUUUGAACACGCUGUACUUUAUUUUCGAGAUUUAUUAUAUGAAACAUAAAGGUUUUCACUAACUAACCGUCGUCCGUAAAACCGUUUUGAUUAAUUAAUUAUUUGUGAUCUCAAAGUUUACUACAUUUUAAGCAUUGGUAGAAUACGCUGUACUUUAUUUUUGACAUUUAUAUUAUGUAACUUAAAUGUUUUCACAUAUUUACCGUCUUCGUGUAUUGUAUUUUUGAGAUCAUUGUAAAAAAAUUGUUUCAAUCUAACACUGCAGUUGCUUUAUCUGUGGUCGUACGUUUACACUUUAAGUAUUGGUUAAGAAUUUUAGCUAAUUAGAAAAUGUACGUUGUAUAUUUUUUAACUAGUCAACUAUUUAACGCCUAAUUUAUUUACAUAAAAUAAACGCCAGUACCUAACGGUGUUUUUAUAAGUCUUGAUUUUUUUAUUGCUCACGAUUGAUUAUAACUAUAAGUAUAUAAUGUUAUUUUAAAUUACACAAAUCUAUAUCAAAAAGACCGGGUAUGAUUGAUAUGAGUCUCAUAUUUGGUCAUGUUACGGUUCCUCUACCGUUUAAUUUACGCUACUGUUUAGUGGACUGGUACUUUAAUGUGAUUGAACUUUUUUUUCACCAAUUAGAUCAAUUAAUUAGUCCACGACCAUGUCUCGUAUAAUGAUCGAUGCACAAAAUUUUACUAUUCAUACAUGUAAAAAUAAUGCUAUAACGUUCCCGAAGCUCAUAAAUAAUCAUUAAUCAGUCUAAAUUCCUUCUUACGAGGUCUAUCAUAUUGCUCAUCGUUCUCGAUCCUAGUAUAAGGUAUAUACAAUAUGACGUAGAAAUAACUAUCAUUCAAGUAUUUACUGGCCUUUAUGUGAAUGUAAAGAUGUUCCUUGUUCAUGUAUUUGCAAAUUUUUUUUUAGACGUCACAAUGUUGUGAAACAUCUCGGAGUACCGCUUGGUACGGGGAAAAUAUAGCGUUAGAUUAGGUUAAGCCCCUUGGGACCGAAUAUAUACUUUUUAUAUGCAAUAAAUUCUCGUAUUUCUAUUUAAAAAAACGGGUUGUAAUGGAUAAAAAAUAAAAAGUUUUUUUUUGGGAGCUUAUCAUAAAAAUGAAUAUUCUUAAGUUAUUCGAUUAAAUUGAACUUUUGACUAACGUAAACUGAAUUGGGAGUCAACAAGGAAUCCUCUCACCCUCCUCUUAUUGACUAACUAAUAACUUUUGAUAUUUAUUAUUAUUUCAUGAUUUAAUUAGUGAAACCAUUUCUUGUGAUAAUUAUAUUUUUGUAAUAUUUAUUCUGAACAAACUCCUCUUUAGUUGCGAUAACAAUUCGGUCCCUGGAUGUAAGAUGUGUGUGUCUCGAAAUUAUCUCGUAAGUUUGCAUUUUCGAUUUGGCUAUUAACUUAUAAAUAGAGUGAUUCUAAAACCCCGACUCGUCGACCGUGUAAGAGCUUUCUCUAACUUUACUUUCUAAGUAACUGAUAUAAAAAAUGUCUUUUGUAAUGUUUUCGAUGGAACUGUUAACGAUCGACUUCUUUGUUUAUUGUUUUCAAUUAGUAUGUUAUUUAGAAGUAAAAUUUUAAUUAAUGUAGCGAGAAAAGUGGACGCUUUUUACACUUCUAUACUUGGCUAUAAAUUACGCUGACGCACAACAUACAAGUUUAUGAAAACGAGCAAAAUGACACUUCUAGUCUAAGAUCCGGCAUUAGAAAUAUAUACCCUCAUAUGUUAUUUAUUAGUUACUAGCGGACGCCCGCGACUUCGUCUACGUGAAACUCGAUGUAAACUUUCAACUACCCCUACCCUACUCCUAUUCUACCCCUACCUUACCUCUACCCUACCCUACCCCUUAAAUUUUUUUACCCAUCAAAAAAAAUAAUGAUAUCGGUUCAGCCGUUCACGCGUGAUAGCGUGACCAAGGGAUGUAUGGAUUCAUUUUUAUAUAUAAAGAAAUUAUAAGAAAUAAAUGAUAGAUAAUAUUCGUCACUGUGAAUAUUUUAGGCAACCGAUUUGCAAUGUGUCGAUGUGAAUAUUUUUUAUCAUUUAUUUCUUAUCCAAAAUAAAUAACAGAUGAGGGUGCAUAUUCCUUAUGCCGGAUCUCGUUCUAUUCAAUGUGACGUCACUUUUUUAAUAUAACUACACCUAUGUAUUAUAUAAAUUUGGCAAUUUAGUAGCUCUUAAAUUAUUAUCUGCUAAAUUGUAAAAACAUCUUUUCAAUUUAACCAAUUGAUUGAUAAUAAGCAUUUACUAUGUGGUAUUACAGAUUGGCAUUUCCAUCGAUAACAUUAUGUGAUUGUAUUAAAUAAAUAUUUUACAUUAGAACAUUUAUAAUUUGAAUAUCGUAAUAACUAUAAUAAUAAUUAAUGAUUGUAUUAAUCGAAGUAUUGUAAUAGAGAACGACUUUGUUAUGUUAUUCUGUAUCGUUUGUGUUUCUUUUAAUUGUGACUUCGCUAAUAAGAAUUGUAAUUAUUUAUUAUGCCAUUCUUAUUUUGAAGAUUUUAAUUUAUUUGUCUGAUUAAAAUAAUUUUUAAGCAUACAAAA